CUACUAGCUUCACAGUGGUACUCCCGUGGUAGGCAGCAGUACGACGAUCUCAAAUUUAAUCAACGGCAAGGUGGUGGGCCUUGCGGCUUUGGGCAUAGUUCCAAUUAGGAGGGAUUUUGCUGUGAAAUUUACAAUCCACAAGAUUGAAAGAUGAAUGGAGAAGGAGAUCAUUUCUUUGAGGGAGUUGAAAAGCUUAUGGAGAUCUGGUUUACCAGAACCUCGAACAACAACGAGUCUGGGGAUGCAAGAAGUAUUUCCAGGGAGAAAUGGGAGGAAAUAUUGAAAAGUGUCAAAUGUGAAAUUUUGGAUGUGAUACAUCACAAUGAUCAUACUGCAUAUCUACUGAGUGAAUCCAGUUUGUUUGUUUCGAAAAAUCGAGUGAUUCUGAAGACUUGUGGUACAACAUUAUGUCUGCAAGCACUUCCUCAUAUUGUCAGACUUGCAAAAACUGAAUGCGGGUUGGAUAGAAUUGCUGAUUUCUUUUAUUCCCGCAAAAAUUUCAUGAAACCUGAUCGUCAACCUCACAUUCAUAAAACGUUCCAACAAGAAGUUAUGUUUCUUGACAAUGAAAUCAAAGAAUCGAGUGCUGCAUAUUGUCUUGGUAGAUUGAAUGGAGACUGUUGGUUCCUAUAUACAUUAAAUCAUGCAUCGAAUAAUUCAUUAGUUGGUGUUCAGGAACCAGAUCAAACAUUGGAAAUACUAAUGGUUGAUCUGGACCCAGAUGUCAUGAAGAUGUUCAAUAAAUACGAUAAAAAAGGUGUUGCCAAGUCUCCUGAUGUUUUUUCAAGGGAAAGUGGUAUUUCAGAUCUCAUACCAGGAUCUCAGAUAAGUGCUGAAUUUUUUGAACCAUGUGGAUUCUCAAUGAAUGGAUUACUGGAAAAAAAUCGUUAUUGGACAAUUCAUGUGACACCAGAACCUGAGUUUUCUUAUGUUAGUUUCGAAACCAAUAUUUCUAAGAAGCUUUUUUCGAAACUGAUUGGAAUGAUUGUUGAGAUAUUUAAGCCUGGAAGAUUUACUAUGACAUUGUUUGUUAACUAUCAAUCUGUUGUUGAUCGCACCGUCUGGGAUGAAAUUGGAGGACCUUCCAUAGAUGGUUAUAAAUGCUUGGAUAAGCAAGUAGCUCAACUUCAUGACUAUUGCCUUUACUACACCAACUACAAAACCAAGCCUGGCUGACAACUACUGAAAAUUUGGCGACUUCUUUGUGUUGUUAAUUCCUAUUUCGUUGUUAGAAUUUUAAUUCAGAUAAUUCAUCAGGCAUUCUCAUGCUUUUAUAUAAAGAAUUUUGGUGUUUCCUAGCAUUGGCCAUGUAUGAUACCUAGUUCUCUCCUGUUUCCUCGAAGUUCCAUACCUUCCAUGUAGUUUUAGUAUAAUUUUUCUCGAAGCUCCAAUUUUAUUAUUACUAUGUGUGCUAAUGGUGAUAAUACAUACUGUGUACAUGUA